AUGCCAGUCAUCGUGGUCAAGGCGGUAGACCUGGAGGUCUCCGCCAAGCAGUCAACUUCUCAGCUCACUACCCCAGGCAGAGCCACGCAGACCUCUCCUCUCUACCACAAGUUGAUCAAAGGCGAACCGGUCUUUCUCGAUAUUGAAUUCCAGAAAUACAAGAUUGAUGGAGAGCUAAAGCAAAAGCACCGUAUCGGGCGCGUCACCUGCCUCAAUACCGCUGGUGAGACCGUUCUUGACGCCGACGCUAUCUACCCACGCGAAGCCAACAUCAAGAAGUGCUGGCAGCCGGCAGAGUUCGGCGUAACAGCUCAAGGUCUCUUGUUCGAGAACGGGGGGGUUGCUGCCCACAAGGUCGAAGGCUGGGUCGCUAACAUCGUCAAGAACCGCACCGUAGUCGUCCAUGGCGGAACCCACGACCUCACCUCUUUCUACUAUAAAGGUUACGACGUCUGGACGAAGAGCACGAUGGUUGACACGCAGGAUAUCUAUUCCGGCUUGCGCGGCAGAUCUAGGCCCGGCCUUGACAUAUGCGCUUCGGUCGAACUCGGCAUCUCACUUCGCAAGGGUGGUGAGCAUUGCCCGGUCGAGGACGCAGAUGCGACAAGGCGGCUGUAUCUGAAGGCAUACCCAUACGAUCGCAGAGUUGAGGUCGAGAAGCAAAAGGAGAACAACAAAGGCCACGAGGGCACCAAGACUGACAGAGGCAGCAAGGCUGCAGGCACCAUCGCUGGCAAAGGACCUCAGCACACGGGCAACGUCAGCGGGAGUGCGAAGAAACGUGCUCGGAACAGGGCUGCGCGUGCGGCACUGGCCGUUGAGCAGCCGAUCGAGAAGGAGUAA